UUUAACUAGUGGUACAGACACCACUCACUUUAAGAAAAGGAAAAAUCUUAAAAAGAGAUGUGCUUUUAAGAAAUAAAAUUAGCGUUGAGAGGCACUGAGUGAAGAACUUCAAAUCAAGAAUGGGUUGCAUGACGUGGCAGGUGGUUUUUGUCUUCCUGAGCAUUUGCUCACAGACUGCAGCACAAUCAGGUUUCCAAGUCUCGGUGUUUUCUACAACAUCCAAGACUGUGUAUCUCAAAUGGACCAAGUAUUCUGGAGCGGCCUCGUACAAGAUCUCCGCCGCCUUGACCAGCUCCCCAAACAGCCCCUUUGCUUUUGCCACUUAUGGUCCAAACACAGUGAUGGGCUCCAUCACCUCCCUGUCCCAAGAUGUUGCGUAUAUCUUUACAGUUGAAGCUCUGGAUGCUUCCCAGACAGUACUGAGCGCCACAUCUACUGAGACGUUAACAGCCCCUUAUGUGAUGGAACCCAUCAAGACUGUCAAGCCUAAAGAUAGCAGGACCUUGAUGGCAGAGUUUAACCUGCAGACGGGGGCAACUUAUUACGUCAUACGCAUUGAGAACACGAAUGGCUUCUUCAGAGAGGACAGCGUGACCUCCUCCCCUGCCGAGAUUAAAAACCUCAGCCCGUACACAGAGUACUCGCUGAGCAUCAUGGCCGCCAACAGCGUUGGCCGGAGUCAGCCGUCAAUCCCUGUGACUGCAAAGACAGUGUUGCCGCCUCCUCAGAUCUCUACAUCCUCUCCCAGCAAUGACAGCAUCGUGGUAUCCUGGAUUCCUGUUGCUUAUGCCGUCCAAUACACCGUGUCUGUAUACAGUUUUGAGAAAAACACCGAGAUAAAAUACAACACAUCCAACACCAGUCUGACUUUCUCUGGGCUUGAUGCCGGUUCGUUCUAUGGCAUUGAAGGUUCAGCUUGGGACCCCGAGGGCCGAAUAGGAGAAGGCAGUUUGUAUGUCAACCAAACAACACGACCUCCAACACCAUCUUCUGUCAACGUGUCUGUGGUGACGAGUAACAACACGGCAGGACUCUCCGUGUCCUGGGAACUUGGACUGGAGUUUUUUAUGUAUCACGUAACAAGUGACCAGGGCGUAACCUGUAACAGCACCACCGGCUCCUGUACCCUGUCUCCAGUGGGCUGUGGACAAGUUCACACCAUCCAGGUCACUGCGAUCAACGAGGGCGGACCCAGCAACCCAUCCACCCCAGUGGUCUUCACCACCUUCCCCUGCCCUCCAGGGUCUCUAGCUCUCGUGAAGUCAUCAGACGAAAACUGCACACUGACGUGGAACGCAGUGCCUUACGCCGACAGCUACGUGGCAUUCAUCAAGAAAGGUGACGGAAGCGAAGUGCCCUGCACCACCACCGGCAACAACUGCACCUACCGCUGCCAGUGUGGCGACACCUACCUGAUGUCGGUGUUCGCAUACAAUAAAGCUGGCAGCAGCCCUAAAGGAAAAGUUCUGAACUACACCACCGUACCCUGCUGUCCUGAAAGUGUUUCCGUCUCCGCUGUGAGCACGGACACUCUGGAGAUCACCUGGAUUGCUUCACGGGGAGCAGAGCUCUACGAGACCCGGGCUGUGGACAGCUCCGAGGACAUCCUUUGUAACGACACAGCGCCGGCUUGCGCCCUCUCUGACCUCAGCUGCGAUAGCUCCUACAGCGUGGUGGUAACACCUUGCAAUGAAAUCAGUGGAUGCAACCGGGCUUGCACAUCUCACACCAGAGACACAGCUCCCUGCAUGCCAACAAAUCUGAAUCUGAGUUUGAAAACCCCCUCCUCUGUCAGUGUCAGCUGGACAGCCAACAACAGGAACGCGACUUACACGGUGAGCGCAGACGGAGAAUCCGGCACAUCCACCUGCACCGCCAGUGGAAACAGUUGUGAUGUCACGGGGCUUCACUGCGGCUUGACCUACGAGUUCAGUGUUUCAGCGUUCAGCAGCGCUGGCCAGAGUUUACCCAGCUUCUCUGUCUCAUUAGAAACAGAGCCAUGCUGCCCCGUGAACCUAAUGGUUGAGCAGGUGACUCAGUCGAUGACUAAUGUCUCGUGGUCUGGGGCCAGAGGGGCUCACUCGUUCAUCACCUCGCUGACAUCACCGCGCGGUCACGCCAGCUGUCACACGCAGGACUCCCACUGCCUCAUGGGAUGCAUCACCUGCGGCACAARCUACACCGUCAGCAUGGAGGCGUUCAGCCUCAGUGGGCGAAUGUCCAACUGCUCCUAUCAGGGCUUCUCAUCCAAUAUCUGCUGCCCAUCAGGUGUCCGCCUGUACACGAUGGCCAGCAAGUCCCUGCGAGUUUACUGGCGCAGCACGGGCAGCAAUCACAGCACCAUUACAGAGAUGGUGGGCGUCAACAACAACUACACCUGCACUGCAUCACAUGGAGAGAAUAGCUGUGACAUUACAAAUAUCCAGUGUGGGGAUGUCUACUCUGUGGUGGUGGCUCCUCUCACACCAGAGGGCGGCAAAGUUCUGUUCUGCCCCCGGAGAAUGUACUCAGUCACUUGUUCAGGAAGUGACGUGGGCACAGUGAUUUAUAGAGGAAAGAGAAGUGUCGACUAGCAUGUGCCGCUUCUUCACAGAUAUAAAUAUCUUCAAGCAAAAACCCUUUCUCACCCAAAUGUGGAUUAUGUUUAAGCUAUAAUUAAUUUUCUGUCACCUUAGUGCAUAAAUAAGGAAAAAUAAAUAUUUGACACAAAGUUUAUUUUGAAGAUGUUACUGUUAUAUGGUCAAGCACAAACAUCACUCAGUCAUUAGGAUUUAUGAUUUACAAGGURUUUACUAAAAUAAACUUAAAUGUUCAUGAUGACAUCAAUGAUGUUGAUAAUUUAUCUAAAAAAAUGUAUUUUCAGCAGCUCAAGCUCCAAGUAGCAAACCUCCUGACGAUGAAGCAGCAGAAACUGAUCAGUGCACCUUUCACCAAAACAUCCUUUUGAAUCCUUYGUUGUGCUGUUUUUCACUUUCAGGAUGCAUUCAAGUGAAAUAUGUGUCAGUGAAUGAACCUGAUGCAUGUUUCAGUUUAAUAAAUAAUACAAGCAUUA